CCGUGAUUCCAAACUUUGACAGCAGUAGCAAGGGCGCACGGGCAAGCUGGAGUCAUCUGGAACGGAAAGGACGAGCGUUUUUCCUAAUUUCCAACUAAAUUUUCCGAGUUUUCACUAAGUUUCUGGUUCAAAACUAUUCUCUCAACAUUCGAAAUGGCUCGCGGACACCAGAAGAUCCAGUCGCAACAAAAGGCCCAGGAGAAAAAUGCAAAGCUCAAGAAGCAGCAGGGCCACGGCCUGAGCGACCAGAUGAAGGCGGCCCAGAAGGCGCUCGUAUUUUCCUGUGCGGUGUGCAAGUCCCAGAUGCCGGACCCGAAAACGUACAAACAGCACUUUGAGAACAAACACCCCAAGUCGGAACUUCCGGCCGAACUGAAGGAUGUUUAACCAGUGGGGGGGAGCACAGUCACCGUCACCGCCGCCGCGGUGGAGAGAGAUUCCGAGACACACACACACACAUUCACACAAAACUCCCGGAGGAUGUCGUCGAACCGAGAUAAUUCCACAAACACACAAGAUUUAAAUACUGCUUUCAGUUAGUUUUGUAGCAUUUUUUUUAUGUUUUUGUGAUUUUUUUUAAACAAAAUAACUUGUAAAUAAUUCCACCCAAACCAGACGGAGCCGAAUCAGCUUCCGGAAAAACAUUCGCUAUAGAUUCAGUCCAGAAAUGUGGCACGGGAAGGAAUGAAGCUAAAACAAAUAAGUAUUCAAUAAAGAACGAGUGAUGAAACAACGCUAAA